UUUUGUUCCCUCCCAAAAGACCGGCUGACGAGUCCUAACCCUAACCCUUAUGUUGCGAAGACGAACACUGACAUUUGUUUGCUCUAAAUUCCUUAAACCCUCUCUUUCCCAUUAUUUCCCGGUGACUACGUCUACUAAAGCAACUAUGAGUGCUUCUGCAAUCAUAUCACAAGACGCCAUUGAUAAAGCUGAAUCCAAGAAUAUAGACGAAUCCGAUGUCGGGAUUCUCUGCUACAUUUCUCAGGUCCCUGGUUUUCGCGGCAUUCUUAAACAAAGGUAUUCGGAUUUUAUCGUCAAUGAAGUUGAUUUAAAUGGAAAUGUUGUGCAUUUAACCUCAUUGGAUGUUCCUCCUGAGUUGAUUGAAAAGAAAGAGAUGGCGGUUGAGCAAUUGGAUAAAACUUUCACUGAAGAAAUUGAAUCAUUUCGAUCACUAGUAGGUGAUACUGAUGCUGAUUGUCUGAAAGAAUUGAUCCAAAAAGUACAAUGUGGUGCUGAUCCGGAUAUUUCUCCAUUAGUUCUAUCUCCAAGUUCUGACAAAGCUCAUCGCACGGCGGUGCACAAUUUUUUUAAGGAAAAAUUGAGAUUUCUUGUCACGGACACAAUAGAUGGUCCUCAAGAUUCAUCAAAAUGCAUUCGUGUGUGGCCUAAAUCGGCUGGGAAUCAAAAGGGAAGAAGUUGCCGGAAGAGGAAAGAUAGGUUUGAUAAGCCAUUUGACAAAAGAGGUUCACAUGAUUGGGGAGACCAUCCUGGAAAGUUCCUCAGGUUUCAUCUAUACAAGGAGAACAAGGAUACUCAAGAGGCCCUGAGAUUGAUUGGCCAGAUGCUUGGAGUCCAGCCUAGAUCAUUUGGAUUUGCUGGAACAAAGGAUAAGCGUGCUGUGUCUACUCAACAGGUAACAAUUUUCAAGCAGCGUGCUGGUAGACUGGCUUCCCUCAAUGCAAAUUUGAUUGGUAUAAGAGUAGGUGAUUUCUGCUAUGUCAAAGAAGGGCUUCAACUAGGGCAGCUUUUUGGCAAUAGAUUCACAAUAACAUUGAGAGGCGUUUCAUCCGAGUCUGAAGACACUAUUAGAGCAUCUGCAGAUGCACUAGGGAAGUGUGGCUUUGUCAACUAUUUUGGUUUACAGAGAUUUGGAAGUGGCGCAGUGCCAACUCACUUUAUUGGAGCAGCUUUGCUUCGUGGAGAGUGGAAAGUUGCAGUCGAUAUGAUUCUCGAUCCAAGGGAGGGUGAAAGGGAAGAUGUAAGAAAGAUUCGGAAAGACUACAAGGAAAGCAAUGAUGUUGACCGGGCACUGAGGCAAUUGCCACGUCAUAUGGUUGCUGAGAGGGCUGUUCUGGCAUGUUUACAAAAAUGUCCUGGAAAUUACGUGCAGGCGUUGAAGGCUAUCCCUAGAACUAUGAGAAUGAUGUAUGUACACAGUUACCAAAGCUACCUGUGGAACCAUGCGGCGAGCAUUAGAGUACAGAAAUAUGGAGCACAAGGUCUUGUAGUUGGAGAUCUUGUACAUUCUAAAGAAGAUUCCGGCGAGAUCAUUUCCCUCCACACUGAAUAUGAGGAUUUUGUAUCUAAUGAGGCAGAUAAUAGUACCAAUCUGGAAGACAUGGAAGUUGAUGUCCUCGAUCAAAAGACUUUUUCAGUCAAAGCUGUUGAUGAGGAAGAUUUACUCAGACAGAAGUAUACAAUUGAUGAUGUUGUCCUUCCAUUGCCCGGUUCAAAGGCAUUUUAUCCAGCGAAUGAUGUUGCUCAUGUCUAUCAUGAGGUGGCUAGGAAGGAUAAUAUCAGCUUGACAGAGAGUGUGCACAGUGUCAAGGAAUUUUCAAUAACUAGUAUGAGUGGUGCUUAUAGACGUGUUUUCCAGAAACCAAUUGAUUUUGAAUGGCAAAUACUGAAGUACAAGAAUGCUAAUUUGCCUUUGGCAGAUACAGAUUUGGAUAUUCUUACAAAGUCCAAAUCUGGGGAUACGAUUCUAGUGGAAAAAGGCAAUGACAGCACGCUCUACUCAGCGAAUUUGACUAAUGCAUCCAACAUAUGUAAAGAUGGAAAACCUGUUGACACUGAGACAGAUUGUGCAAAUGAGAUCUCCGAUUCAGGGUCAGAUAUUCUUACAAAUUCUAAAUCUGGGGAUAGGAUUCAAGUGGAAAAAGGCAAUGAUAGAUCGCUCGAUUCAGAGGCCCAACUGACAGCUCUCAAGCUCCGUUUUACCCUCCCAUCAUCUUGCUAUGCGACGAUGGCUAUAAGGGAACUUGUCAAAACAUCAACAUCUGUUGCAUUUCACAAAACGUUGAAUAACCAAGUUUAGGUCCGUAUGCAAUAUACUCAAAUGGGAUAUGUCCAGCCUUACAGGGUAGGCUGAGGAAAAGGGAAAACCUGGUAACAAUCGAACCCAAAUGCUUGUCUAGGGAAAGCAAUGUUUAUUCCAAUUGAGACAAGACCUGACCCUUCGGAAAAUCAUCUACAGUUUGAUUUGAUGUAUGCAAUUCACAAUUGAAGAAUGACAACAGUAAAUAAGUUAUAGUCUUGUACCUGUUCAGUAUUGUUUACAUUGUAUUUGAUUUUGCAGAACACGGACCGAGAUUUGGCAGUUUUUAUAACCAUCCUUGCAAACUUGCUAAGGGAUGGUUAUAACUUAUAUGUGACAUACUCAACAGAGAACAUGUCCUCUGUUGGAGCUUCACAUUCAUCUCGUGUAACAUAUUCAAGUGAUUAGAUCAGAGCUCAUUCUUGUUUCUGAGAGUUUUGCUAUUAUUAGCAACGUAAUUGAAGUGAACAACAUUUUGUUACAAA